AUGCGGAACAGCGAGUCCGCGUGAUCCGUCGAGGUGGGUUUGUUUAUUUCACUGAGAAGAGAUGUCUAGCGACACGACAACAAUAUAUGAAGCGAUUAUUUAAUUCAGUGAAUUUGUUUACGUCCAGUGAGGUGAUAUUAAAGAUAAUAUUGACCUCUCGUAUUUUUGAGAUCGGGGAAAAAGAAGAAAAACAACAACACCUGUACGUCGUUGUUUGAUAUAUACAUGCCAGUGACGUGUAAGGUUUCACAGAAAUGGCGUCCAGGACUGGAAAAUGGCAAGCUCUCGUGGUCGUGUUACUAGUUGUCUCAGUCUCGCAUGCGAUAUUAUUUUUCGACUGCAGACGACAAAGUAUCACGUGCGCUAAUUCUGGCACGUGCGGUUCAAAUGGACUGUGCACGGGCUGUACCGGGUUCGAGGGUUAUGACUGUUUACUUCCAACAGCUCAAAUUAACGAAAACGAUUGUGGAGGCGGUACAGUGUGUCUUAAUUCUGCUACAUGCUACGACUUGGGAUUUGACAAUAACAACGCCGCAGUAAGCUGUUACUGCACAGACGAAUAUACAGGCGCCGUGUGUGAUACGAAACGAUUCACUGUGACGUGCACCAACACCCAGAUGGACAUCUCUAUAACUCCCUACUCUACUGCCACCGCUGUGUACGGGGAGGACAAGAAAGGUUCGUGUGACCUGACAGAGUCUUCAGGGGUGUGGACGAGGACGUCCAUCUUACACACCUCAGAUUCAGCGUGUGGGUCAGCUGUCAUUGACACUGGGUCGAGUCCCAACACAUACACCCGCUCGUUCGUGGUUCAGGACCUCAGUGACAAGCUGACUAACGUCGACUACCUCGUCACUGCCGUGUGUCAGGAAGACAACGCUGUGGGAACAGCUACGAUAGCGGCCUUUGACGUGUCGACAUAUCUGGGUGAAUUUGUGUCUCAGACGGAAUUCGGUGGCGUCACAGUUACCAGCGUUUCACCGUCCACGACGACUCUUGGCGAAGAAGUGACCUUCACCUUUACUGGAACCUCACAUUUGGAGGAAAUACGACUUGAUCUUGUUGAUGCAAGUGACAACCAGUCAGGAGGAUUAACUGAUACGCUUAUUACAUCAGGAUGUCGAGUCAGUGGGAAGGAAGCAUUAGUUGUCACCAAUCCUGCUCACCCUGGGGCCGACAAAACGAUCGUCGAGGUCAAACUGCGUCUGUUCCUUUUUAACUCCGGCUCUUCUCUGAAACUCACCUUCACGUUCAAGACGUGUCUCACUGGAAACACGGUGGAUUGUGCUGCUGUGACUUGCUCCAGCAGACGAAAGCGAGAUGUCUACAUGACAAAGACCGUCAACAACACCAGUGCAGUCGACGUGGUCUUCUUUCCCAAAGACGAUUUAUUCAAACACAAAGAUGAAAGUCGACAUCAGUGCGCAGACGCAGAUUGUAACGGAAUAAUACUUCCAACGGUGCUGGCAGGUGCUGCGCUGUUCGUCGGUGUGUUGGCGCUCGGUCUGAUGUUAAUAUUUAUCAAGAGAAGACGAGACAAACAGCAGACAGAAAAGAAGACAAGCGUCAGUACAAACAAGGGACCAGUCUGUGUGACGCGGUACUGACUUCAGUACAAACAAGGGACCAGUUUGUGUGACGCGGUACUGACUUCAGUACAAACAAGGGACCAGUUUGUGUGACGCGGUACUGACUUCAGUACAAACAAGGGACCAGGGCCUGGCAAACCAAGGAUAUAUUCGUAUUAGUCUCGGUCACUCAGAUUCUUUGUAAAAAAAAAAAAAAAAAAAAAAAAAAAAACCCAACAAACAACAAAAUAACAAAACAAAAAACAAAACAAAACAAACAAACAACAAAAUAACAAAACAAAUAAGCGAACACAAAAUAAUAAUAAAGCUGAUAUCAGAUUGGCCGAACCUAGGCAGGUCCAGAGGAUUAAGCCUCCGGUCUCCCGCUAAACUGGUUUUUGUGCAUCACGUUAAAUGGAUGUGAUAUGACUGGAUGGAAACCAGUCAAAUUGUUCACAAGCGUUCUUCAUACUGUAUAUGUACCAAUAAUACUGAGGCGCGUUCAGGAGUGCUGGUGCCUGCCGUCGUUCACUACACCAGUCUUUGCACAUAACAUUAAGGAGUUACCGAGCGCUCUCUUCGCUCUCAUUGGCUGUAACACCGACUGGAUGGUUAUAGUAAAACGAUCGUUUAUUCCGUUUGAAGCGUAGCACUGUCUCGCUGAUAGACAUCUCCCACACACUCACUCAUUCUCUCUCUCUCUCUCUCUCUCUCUCUCUCUCUCUCUCUCUCUCUCUCUCUCUCUCUCUCUCUCUCUCUCUCUCUCUCUUUCUCCCUCUGGCUCUCUGCCUCUGUAUCUGUCUCUGUCCUCUUAGAGUUUCAUUUCAAACUGAUCGAGACAUACGAAUAUAUAUUUUUGUACUCACUACUCUCAUAGUCCCAGACUUAUUAAUAUUAUAAUAUAUGUAUCUGUUCUGUCGUGUAUUAUAGACUGUCGUGGUGGUUUUAACUCCAUCAGUAUCCAGGGCCACAUCUAGCCUUCAUUACUGGGGGCGGGGUGGGAUGCGGACGGGGUUACAACACAUUACUGAGGGUGCGGUUAAAAACACAUUACUUUGGGUGGGGUUAAAACACAUUAUUGGGGGUGGGUUAAAACAUUAAUGGAUGAGUGGGGUUAAAAACACAUUACUGGGGGUGGGGUUAAAAACACAUUACUGGGAACGGUGCUAAAAUCACUUUACUGGGGAUGGGGUUAAAAACAUUACUGGGGGUGGGUUAAAACAUUACUGGAGCGGUGGGGUUAAAAACACAUUACUGGGGUGGGUUAAAACAUUACUGGGAUGGGAUUAAAAACACAUUACUGGGGGUGGGGUUAAAAAGACAUUACUGGGGGUGGGUUAAAACGUUACUGGAAGGGUGGAGUUAAAACAUUCGGCGGAAAGUAAUAGAGAGUCUUCUUCAGGUAGACAGAAAUAAAAAUAAAUACAAA